UUUCCUUUUUUUUAUUUUUUCGCUGGAAAAAGUCCAAUUUCCCCUAUUUCUGUGCGCCUCCUCUCUCUCUCUGAAGCUCCUUUCCAUAAACCCUAAACCCUACCUCAAUCGCCCCAGACCCAGAAGAAAGAAGAAAGUAAAUUCGGAAGCAGCUAUCGCAGACUCUCGUUUCAAUGGCGACCGCCGUCCUUCUCAGAUCUCUCCGUCGCCGUGAAUUUUCUUCCGCCCCUAUUUCUGCUUUCAAAACUUUGAACGGAAACGCCAAGCCAUCAUGGGCUUUGGGCAACAAGUGGGCAGGUCUUGCAAGGCCUUUCAGCACAAAACCAGCUGGAAAUGAAGUAAUUGGUAUUGACUUGGGUACUACAAACUCCUGUGUUGCUGUCAUGGAGGGCAAGAAUCCAAAAGUUAUUGAGAACUCUGAGGGUGCUCGGACGACUCCAUCAGUAGUCGCAUUCAGUCAAAAAGGAGAGCUUUUGGUCGGUACUCCAGCAAAGCGACAAGCUGUCACAAAUCCAACCAACACAGUCUUUGGAACAAAACGCUUAAUUGGUAGACGCUUUGAUGACCCCCAGACGCAGAAGGAAAUGAAGAUGGUCCCCUACAAGAUUGUUAGAGCUCCGAAUGGGGAUGCAUGGGUUGAAGCCAAUGGACAGCAGUACUCCCCAAGUCAAAUUGGUGCUUUUAUUUUGACAAAGAUGAAGGAAACUGCGGAGGCCUAUCUUGGGAAAUCCGUGAACAAGGCUGUGAUUACCGUCCCUGCUUAUUUUAAUGAUGCUCAGAGGCAAGCCACCAAAGAUGCUGGAAGAAUAUCAGGCCUUGAUGUACAAAGAAUUAUUAAUGAGCCUACUGCAGCUGCCCUUUCCUAUGGUCUGAACAACAAAGAAGGCCUUGUUGCUGUCUUUGACCUUGGAGGUGGAACUUUUGAUAUAUCUAUUUUGGAGAUAUCAAAUGGUGUCUUUGAGGUGAAAGCAACAAAUGGUGACACAUUUCUGGGAGGAGAGGACUUUGACAAUGCUUUGUUGGAAUUUUUGGUGAGUGAAUUCAAGCGAACGGAGGGAAUUGAUCUGUCCAAGGACAGGCUAGCUCUGCAGAGACUCCGAGAGGCAGCUGAGAAAGCAAAGAUAGAGCUUUCAUCAACAUCCCAGACUGAGAUUAACUUGCCAUUUAUUACCGCUGAUGCAUCUGGUGCUAAACAUCUUAAUAUAACGUUGACUAGAUCCAAGUUUGAGACUCUGGUGAACCAUUUAAUUGAGAGGACUAAGGCCCCUUGCAAGAGUUGUCUGAAGGAUGCUGGCAUAUCUACCAAAGAGGUCGAUGAGGUGCUCCUUGUUGGAGGGAUGACCCGUGUUCCAAAGGUUCAGGAAGUGGUUUCUGAGAUCUUUGGCAAGUCCCCAAGCAAGGGGGUGAAUCCGGAUGAGGCAGUUGCAAUGGGAGCUGCUAUACAGGGAGGCAUUCUCCGUGGUGAUGUCAAAGAGUUGCUUCUCCUUGAUGUCACUCCACUUUCGCUUGGUAUUGAGACUCUGGGAGGUAUCUUUACCAGAUUGAUAAAUAGAAAUACCACAAUUCCAACAAAGAAAAGUCAGACAUUCUCGACAGCUGCUGACAACCAGACCCAAGUUGGCAUCAAAGUACUGCAAGGAGAGCGAGAAAUGGCUUCAGAUAACAAGCUCCUUGGUGAGUUUGAGCUUGUGGGUAUCCCUCCAGCUCCUAGGGGCAUGCCUCAAAUAGAAGUCACAUUUGAUAUUGAUGCAAAUGGAAUUGUUACUGUAUCUGCAAAAGACAAGACCACUGGUAAAGAGCAGCAGAUCACCAUACGGUCAUCAGGCGGUUUAUCAGAAGAUGAAAUCGAAAAGAUGGUGAAGGAGGCUGAGUUGCAUGCCCAGAAGGAUCAAGAGAGGAAGACAUUGAUAGAUCUCAGAAAUAAUGCGGACACCACAAUCUACAGUAUUGAGAAGAGCUUGAAUGAAUACAAGGACAAAAUUCCAAGCGAAGUUGCAUCAGAAAUCGAAUCUGCUGUUGCAGAUUUGAGAAGUGCAAUGUCCACGGAGAACAUCGAUGACAUCAAGGCCAAGCUUGACGCAGCAAACAAAGCUGUGUCAAAGAUUGGACAGCACAUGUCUGGCAGUUCCGGUGGUGGUUCCUCUGGGGGUUCUCAGGGUGCGGACCAGGCACCUGAGGCAGAGUAUGAGGAGGUAAAGAAGUAGAUGAUUGGGAUCAAGAGCUGUCAGCCAAAUUUCAUUUGAUUCAGUUGAGCUACAAAGUUUUCUUGGCGGUCUUGUAUUUAAAUUACCAUAGCUUGGUUGUAUUAGAAGCUUUUCUAUAUUAGAUACUUUUUGAAGGUGGCGCAUAGUGGUAGAUCUUCUGGUGGAAUUGAUUGAUCCAUAAAGCUUUAACUGCUUUAAUAAAUUUCAUCUGGUGUCCAGAAACUGUACUUGUGCUUUUUCUUUGGAAUAGUUCUCAGUAGAUUGCAAAAGCUUGAGUAUUGUUA